ACCAUGUUGGACCUCAAACUCACACCUUCCUCCAAGAUCAUUCACAAUGCCAUCUCUGUCCUGUGCGAGGCGGGCUGCCCUCGUACGGCACUCGGAAUGAUGGAGGCAGUCCUUCACAAGACCAAUCUUGAAAUCGCGCCCUCGGCGUGGAUGCAUAUCUUGACCAGUAGUGCUGCCAAUUUGUUUGCCGACGGGGUCGAGUCAGCAUGGCAACGUCUCGUCCAUCUCAAAAAGUUCACGCCGAACGAGGGGUUGGUGUUACAAGUCUUGAGCGUUGCUGCGCGGUGCGGUCGGCCCGCUUUAGCCAUCGAAGCCUUGGAAAUACUAUCGCAAUGUAAAAUACGACCUAUGGAGCAUCACCUCGCACCCCUGCUUGAAGCCUACGUCAACGCUGGGCAAGUCCAAGAUGCUAUGUCUGUCCUCUCCACGAUCCGACAUGCUGGAAUGAUCCCGACCAUGCGUACCGCUCAACCCAUCGUCGAGGCCCUCCCAAGCAUAGAGCUCAUCGACCGAGCGUUUUAUGCGAUAGAAGACUCUGUCCAGAAAGGGCAGACGAUCGACAUCACCGCCCUAAACGCUGUCAUCAAGGCCAGCGUGCUUGCGGGCGACAUCCAGCGAGCUCGAGGCUCGCAGACGGCCGCGGUUGAGCUUCGUCUCAAUCCAAACAUCGAUACUUUCAACAUCAUGCUCGAAGGGUGUGUGCGAUCAAAGAUGCGUGCUCUGGGCGACACCAUUUUAUCGGAAAUGAAGACAUCACCUAUCGCCCCCGACGCUGCCACAUAUGAACAUAUGAUACGACUAUGUCUGACCCAAGAACCUUACGAUGACGCUUUCUAUUACUUGGAGAGGAUGAAGUCAGAGAAGUUGCGUCCUUCGCUGGAGAUUUACGAAGCACUUGCGGCGCGAUGCGCGGAGAAUCACGACCGUCGGUGGAAGGCGGUAUUGGAUGAAGUGUCGGAGAAGGGUUAUCGUCGGAGUGCUACCCUGCAACGAGUCGUGCAAGCAGCUAAUAGUUCGACUCUGACUGUGUCAACGAGAGCACACGAACGGCCUUUCACCAGUCGGAGAACCGAGUCAUAG